UUGAACGGUGCGCUGACAAUCGGUACAUUGGACGGUGCGAAUGUGGAGAUGAUGGAGGAAAUGGGACGUGAGAACAUUUUCAUUUUCGGUAUGACCGUCGAGGAGGUAGAGGCUUUAGAGAAGAAGGGAUACAAUUCUGAGGAAUACAUUGCGAAGAUUCCCGAAUUGCGACAAAUUGUUGAACAAAUCGAACAAGGUUACUUCACUCCGGAUCAACCAGAUUUGCUUAAGGAUAUUAGCAAUAUGAUUCGCCAUCAUGAUAGGUAA